AUGAAAGUAGAAGAGACUAAAGACACCGCGAUGCCUCUGGAGGCCAUCCCCCACGCCGAUGGCAACACGACACCAACUUCCUCUCCCAUCAACCCCAAAUGGAGCCCGAAGGAUGACAUCUGCGCCAAGUUGUUUGGCCCAUGGGAUAAUCUACCUUGCUACGAUCAUAUCAACGAGGUGCGGCUCCUGCGAGACCUCGAUAACGCCAUCGUCCUCUUCGAGCAGCAGAUCAACCACAGUGAUGUCGGCUUCCGUGCUUGGCAGACUCGACACAUUCAGGCUAUGGAAGCUGGCUUGGUUCCAGUUCCAGGAUUUCCAUGUCUUCAAACCGUUCGUAAGGGAAAGCGGAUCUGGCACGACGAUGCAUGGGAGCAGCGAUAUUUCUAUCUUGUUUAUCAGCGACGCGAGAUCAUCAUGGGACGCUUAUCCAGACUCCUGGCACUGCCUCGAUACGCGCAAGAAGACUUUUUUGGACAGCGACCAGCGUUUCCUCGAAUGGUGCUGCAAGGCGGUAAGGGCCGUUACACUCGACAUCUUUUGUUGCGAUGCGACUGGUGGCAGUCUGUGGAUGAUCUCUUGAAAGCAGCGGCCGAGAGGUGGAAAAUGGACGAAGCAGAGUUGAAGACUCGGUUCUGGGCAGACGACGAUGCAUCCAGCGUCGAGACACAAGCGAAAGAAUGGGACGGUGUGAUCAAAGAAGAGGACAGCGCUGAUUUAUGCGCUGGGGAAGACGUAUUCAACCCGCUCGACUUUGCGGCAAACUGGGCUUCGGAGGCAUGGUGGUAUCUCCAUGGUCGACGAACAACACUAUGA